CACAAAUUGGAAAGAUGUGAGACAGUCCGUCUCGUCUCCGUCGAUGAAGUUACCAAGAAAUUGGCUGUCGACCAAUUUAAUAGUUUAAUGGUCGAGUGCUGUACUAAUAGUCAAUUUCUUCAGUUAAGAAGAACAUUUGAUCUACUUUAAAAAUGAGUUUUUUAUUUGGAAGUCGGUCCAACAAGACUUUUAAGCCAAAAAAGAAUAUCCCCGAGGGCACACACCAGUACGACCUGAUGCGGCACGCCGCUGCCACACUUGGCUCUGGUAACCUGCGGCUUGCCGUAAUGCUACCCGAGGGAGAGGAUCUCAAUGAAUGGGUCGCUGUCAACACGGUGGACUUCUUCAACCAGAUCAACAUGUUGUACGGCACGAUCACAGAGUUCUGCACGGAGCAGUCGUGCCCCGUGAUGUCGGCCGGGCCCAAGUACGAGUACCACUGGGCGGACGGCCAUACCGUCAAGAAGCCCAUCAAGUGCUCCGCGCCCAAGUACAUCGACUACCUCAUGACCUGGGCGCAGGACCAGCUCGACGACGAGACGCUCUUCCCUUCCAAAAUAGGCGUGCCUUUCCCCAAAAACUUCCUGGGCAUGGCGAAGACGAUCCUCAAACGGCUGUUCCGCGUGUACGCGCACAUCUACCAUCAGCACUUCCCCGAGGUGGUGCAGCUGGGCGAGGAGGCUCACCUCAACACCUCGUUCAAGCACUUCAUCUUUUUCGUGCAGGAGUUCAACCUGAUCGAGCGGCGCGAGCUGGCGCCGCUGCAGGAGCUCAUCGAGAAGCUCACGGCCAAGGACGCGCGGUGAGCCCGCUCCGACGGCGCGGCGGGCGGGCCGUUGCGUCUGGGCCCGUCUCGGCCCGUCUCGGCCCGUCUCGGCCCGUCUCUCGCCGCUCGAGAAGAGGGCCCAGACGCCGAAGGCGCUUCGCGAUUGGCCUCGCGACGAGGCCGCGCCGCGGCGCACGGAGCCGGUGCACGCCGUCUCGAUGCGAACGGUUCACGGCCGUCCACUGACGCGGGGCAAAACGGAGUUUCUUCGUUCUGCUUUACGUUAGUGAACCGCCACAGAAACGUUUUUGUUAAGAGGGCAUAUCAGUACAGCUCGAACUGUUUUCUAUGGAAACGCUAAUUGAAGGGCGACAUGCCGCCGCAUGAGUCGUACUACGGAAGAGGCUUCGCGUGUGCCCUGCGCGAGUGGAGCGACCCGUUCUGCGGUAUCCCGCAUAAAUCGUUCUUAUGAUAUUUCACGACUUUAUUGAAUAAAAUAGGAACGAAUUGUUUCCCGAAUCGGUCAACUUCGAUACCUAUCUUAGACAUAUUAACAAUUGCAUUACCAUAAGAUGGAUUGAACGAAGUGUGUAUCGCAUUCUCAAAAGUAAAAUGACGAAAUUCGAUAAGUCAUUUUUUGGGACAGUCAGAUUAAAAAAUGAUUUAAAAAAUUAAAAACGACCCACCUGACACCGGCCAGAUUUACCGUUUGGCUCGUGCCAAAUGUUGUUGUACAAAAUUCUAUUUGAAAUUAAAACCAAUAUUUUUAGUCUUAAUUCGUAUGUUAGUUACUCUUUGAAUUUCUGCCGGGUAUCCGAAAGUGGUAUUUCCGAAUUUCAUCAUUAUUGACGGUGCGAUGUCGUAGGACGUCAUGUGACGCCUCCGUGUAUUUACAACGCUAGGUAUAUAUAGAUGCGAUUUGCAAAUUAUUUACACUUAAUACUGAGGUAUGAUAUAACGUAGGUGUAGUUCCCAAGACGCGAUUUUGUACCAAGAUGAAAUGUAUAGUUAAUAAUAAUAAUUUAUUAAGCAAUGUUGUAAAUCUCGCCCUUCAUACACUCGACUCGAACGGAAUUAGCGACAGGCGCUCGCAACCUCGGCGAGGUGCUGUCUAGUAGUUUCCCAGAGGCCUGAAUACGUUCUUUAUUCUAAAGGAAGGCCUGCCCUUCAAUGGGAAGGAUUGGCUGUGCAAAGUAGUAGUACUUAGCGUCAAA